CACGCCUCCCGCUCAUCAUUCAUCAGUCAUCAGUCAUCAGUCAUCUCCACCGAUUAAGUACAUCCCGCCCAGUAAUCUUAGUUGUUCCUCAAUUCCUCCUUGAGCGAGCGAGCGAAAGCAGCAAUUCCUAAUUCUUUCUUCAAAUCGACAAUGGGCAUCGGCGGCAUCAUCGGCGGCAGCGGCGGCGACGGCGAAUGCUCCCACCCCCGCACGCGCAAGGUGUUCAUACUGACCAACUACGCCCUCCUGGGCGCCGCCUCCAGCUGCAUCUUCCUCACCCUCUCCCUCCGCCUCGUCCCCUCCCUCGUCGGCUUCUUCUUCAUCCUCCUCCAGCUCAUCACCAUCGCCGGCGCAAUCGCGGGAUCCGCCGCCGCCUCGCGCGGGGGUUCGUCCAAGUACUACUAUGGCGCCCACAUGGUGGCGACGGUGCUGACUGCCAUCUUCCAGGGGUCGGUGUCGGUGCUCAUCCUGACCCGGCCUUCGGAUUUCCUGGAGCACCUGAAGUCGUACGUGAUGCAGGAGAACGGGGUGGCGAUCCUGAAGCUGGCGGGGGGGCUGUGCGUCGCUAUCUUCUGCCUGGAGUGGGUGGUGCUCACGCUCGCCUUCUUCUUGAACUACUACGCCUAUGUCGAGCGGAACAACGGCAGCAGCAGCUACGGCGUCAAAGGCGGUUCCUCCACCGCCAAGGUCCAGGAUGCCCACGGCCUGCCGCAGCCUUUUCAGAUCGUCUGAUUUCAUUCAUUCAUUGUAUUGUUGUGUUUGAUUGUAUUGGUUGAGGAAGUUCCCUGAAUUUGUUUAUUCAUUCAUUUGUCUCUUUGUACCGAGUGCGCGAGGUGGUGAGUGUAUUGUAUUGAUCGAGGGCGAUGGAGGAUUAUCGCUGCUGAGACUGCAAAGUGAAAUGCAUAUAUAUAUAUAUAUAUAUAUAUUUUCGAGUUACAUUAUUCAUU